AAUUUGCAUACACAACUGAGGAUUUUAGCUAAGGAAAAGUGUUAUGGCGCUUUCCGUUGAUCUUCGUAUGUUUUGUUGUUUGAUUAUGAGGCGUGAGAAAACAUAGAACGAAGUAAAGUUUCGUGGUGUAAUAUUAUCUUAUUUCUUUAAACUUAAUUAAGAGGAAUUAUUGACUAUUCUGACGAUGUUAAUUAAAUUAUACUUGUACUGUGUUAGUGUUAAUUAUUUAUUUAUAUUUUAACUUGACUGGAAAAUAAUCAGUAAAACUUUAAAGGUAAGCCUAAUAUGUAAUAACAGAACGUGGGUUUUGCGAAGUCUCGGUUUUUUUAUUUUUUUAUAUGGUACUAAUGGAGUAAUGCGUAUCAAAAGAUAGUUAUAUUUUUAUUUCACCCUGACUUAUGUCUCGGUUAUUGUUAAAACUCGAACAAUUGAAACUGUGUAGGGCUAGUUUACUGUAUAAUGUGUACUUGUGUCAUUCUAGUUCAAGUUUAAAGAAUUUUUACUUCAGAGCUAGUGAUAAAUUUUCAAACUUAGUUGAUAGUGCCAAAAUGCCAAAGGAACCUAAAGCAUCGAAUGAACUUCGUCAUAUUCGAAUGAGGGCCAAGGCUGUAAAUAAUAAACCAAAACCAACACCUAAUGAGAUCUGCCUACAUGUUCUCGGGAAUGGAGGCCCUGGCAAUCCAAGAUGUUUGUAUAUGUUUACAGAUCAUGCAAGGAAAUCAAUUAUUUUGAUUAAAAUGCUCAACUCAACACACAACAUGUUCUUGGAUACUGCCAUCUCUGACUGCUAUAAUAUAAACAAAGGACCUUAAGAAGGUAUAUCUUCAACUGUGGAGAAGGAACACAGCGAUUGGCUCAUGAACAUAAAAUGAAAUUAGCUAAGCUGGAGCAUGUAUUUUUCACUUACAAAAGUUGGGAAAAUAUUGGAGGGCUUCCAGAGAAAAGAAGCUGAGAGAUUUCGACCUUUCCUUGUAUGGCAACUUCUCUAUACCAGGCACCACUAUAGUAACCAUCCUCUGAACCCUUUCCAACAAUUCAAUGUCUUUCCAAAGGUUUGUCUUUAACAAUACAGGACAUAGGAGUUCCUGAAAUAACUCUACAUGGCCCACCAAAUAUAGAAGAAAUUUAUGACAUGACAAAAGGCUUUAUGGUGACAAAAAAUCUUCAAAUAGUGAGUAGAAACCACAAACAUGGUUCCUUUACUGAUAACUGCAUGACUGUACACUAUGUUCCAAUUUAUAGUUCAGUUACUGCAUCCUCCAGGAAGACAGAUAUGGAAAACAGUUAUGACAAUGACCAUGUAAUUUCAUUAGGAGAUGGGUCAUCUCAUCAACAAAAUAAUUACUGCGAAUCAUUAGAUUCUGUGAAUCCAGAACAAGUUAAGAAGAGACAGAAAACAGAAGCUGUCCUAGAAAAUGAAGACAUUUCUGUAGCUUAUAUUUGUAAGCUUCAUAAUAAGGCAGGAACUUUAAUAUUGGAAAAAUGUGUUGAGCAUGGUGUACCAGCUGGUCCUUUACUUGGAGAACUGAAGAAAGGAAAUAAUGUCACUCUACCAAAUGGGAAAGUUGUAAAGUCAACAGAUGUGGUUACACCUGAAGAAAUUGGACCAGUUUUUAUUGUGGUAGAAUGUCCAUCUGAACACUUUGUAGAUUCAUUGGUAAAUAAUAAAGAAUUUCAAGCUCAUCAAGUGACAGCAUCAUCUGAUGAAAAUCUUGCAAUGUUAGUUGUCCACUUUACACCAUCAGAUGUUAUGGCUCACCCCAAAUAUCAGGAUUGGCUGCUAAAGUUCUCUGGUAGCUGUAUUCACCUGGUCCUGAACUCUUCUAGUCCAUCUUUAAGCAGUAUUGCAGUUCAUCGAGUGCAACACAUGUUAAAUAUACUCCAUCCUGAAAUAUUUUCCUUGUUGAAGCAGAAUUCUGAUGUUACCAGCAGUGUAAUGAAUGGAAUAGAGCAUUCUGUACUUGCCAUUCCAGCAGAGAGUUUGAUGAAAUUCUACCUUCGUCCCAGGAAGGGAUUAGACAGAGAAAAUGUAAUACAAUUAGAUGCUUCUAGUUAUGUACAAGAAGCAUAUAACAGCCCAGGACUGGAAGAGUGUGUGAAAGAGUUAGCCACAAAAUUAAAUCACUUUCCAAAUGUUAACAAGCAAGAAGGUAAUGAAUAUCCUGAAGUUGUAUUCCUUGGUACUGGGUCAUCUAUUCCUAGUAAAGUCCGUAAUGUUACCAGCAUAUUAGUGAACAUCAGCCCCCAAAAGAGUAUUUUGCUAGAUUGUGGUGAAGGAACACGUGGACAAAUACUACGAUAUUAUGGAAUAGAAGAAGGAAAUUCUAUUCUGCGUCAAAUCUCUUGUAUUUUUGUCUCUCAUCUACAUGCUGACCACCAUCUUGGCUUGAUUGAAGUUCUGAAAGCCAGAAACUUGGCAUUCAUACAGCAGGGAGAGAGAAAUUCUCCUGUUGAUCUACUUGCUCCCAAACAGAUUAUUCAUUGGUUACAGAAUUAUCAUUCUAGAUAUGAACCUGUUCUUCAUCUUUUCAGAUUGGUUCCAAACUUUUUGUUGACACACAACAAUGGAACUUUACCUAAAGAAGUAUACCAGGAUUUGAUAAACAGACUAAACCUUCAAGAGUUGUCUACAGUACCAGUAAAACACUGUAAAAGUGCCUUCGGUGUAACUUUAACACCAGUUAGUGGUAAGAAACUAGUGUAUUCUGGUGAUACGAUGCCCUGUGAAGGACUAAUCGAAGCAGGUCUUGAUUGUGGACUUUUGAUUCAUGAAGCAACAAUGGAAGAUGAGUUGGAAGAAGAAGCAAAAAUUAAAACUCACAGUACUACAUCUCAAGCUAUUAAAGUUGGUGCUAACAUGAGGGCUGAUUUUACCCUUCUAACCCACUUCAGCCAAAGAUAUGCUAAGGUGCCUCUCUUCAAUGACAACUUCCACAAUACAGUUGGCUGUGCUUUUGAUAAUAUGAAGGUUCGACCAUGUGAUCUACCAAUUUUACCAUUGUUGUUACCAUCACUGAAAUGUCUUUUCCAUGAACACUAUGAAGAAAUGCAAGAGAAAACUGCAAAAAGACAAAGAAGAAACAGGGCUCCUCAGACACCUUGACCAAUGUACAUUAGAUCAUCAGCUUAGCUAAUAAUCUUAUUAUUUUCUGUUAAUACUUUACCUUAUGAAAAUAAAAUUUUCUAAAAUAUAUCAA